GGCCGCUAAUUAAAUUGAAUUAGGCUUCCAUCGUCGCCUCUCGAGGCGCUAAAAAGUCGUGUCCGUGUCACGCGUCACCGUAACGUUUCGUGUGUUCUUUUGCAUCAUUGCAUGCGCCGAACUUGUGUAUACAAUUUUUACUUCGCCCCAACAACAGUUCCUGCCGACCCUCUGCACCUAACCAUUUGGGAUCAAUCCAUACGUCCACUGCAAUGUCCUCAUCAUGUGGAUCCUCGAGUCAAAUGGCGACUUCCUCCAGGGCAAGCGGAUGUGGCUUAAGCCUGGUCAAAGAUACCUAUUCGGACGAGUGAGAAAAGACGGAGUACUGUUUGCUAUUGAUCACAAGACGGUUUCGAGAAAACACUUUAUCAUCGAACUUGAGAAUGUUAGCGAGGCUGACGUCGGACAUAUUCAUGCACGCACGAAGCUCAAGAUCGUGGACCAAAACUCCAAGGGCGGCACCUCCGUUAACGGCGAGCUCAUACGGAAUAUCUCUAAGGAGUUGACCAGCAUCGAGAACUCGAUUCGACCGGGUACAUGUCCCCACGAGAUCAUCAUCAGAUGGGAUCCAUGCGUGCUCACUUUCAACCUGCUGAAGAAGGAGAUCAACGCAGGCGUACUCAAGACAAAGCAGGCUCGAGUCCAAACCCUUGAUAUCAAGGCAAUUAGCAACUUCACCUCCGAACACACAACCCACGUGGUGGCAAACAAGAGAAAUACGGCGAAAGGCCUGUUAGCCUUGAUUACAGGCAAACAUCUCGUGGCGGAAUCGUACAUCGAUGCUCUCGAAUACAGUGCAACUCCUCAAAAUCUGAGUCAGGAGGAAAAUCUGUCUCGACUGGAGACGGACUUUGAUAGUGCCUGGCCGGAUGAAAAAGACCAUCUGCCGCCACCUGGAAAAGAACCAACAAUAAGACCUGUCGAGUCAUACCAGCCUGAUGCAUCGCGAUUCAACAUCUUUGAGGGCUAUACGGUUGUAUUCGGGGAUCAGACCCAAUAUGACAAUCUUAUGCCUGUCAUCACUAGCGGUCACGGCAAGGCAAUACUGUUCAAAGUGUCCAAUAACGAGACGACAGUCAAUGAGCUCAUACAAUUUCUCCAAACUGCUGCAGGAAAAAAACCGCAAGGAGAGUUUCGAACGUUGGGUGACGCAAAAGUCAUACUGGUUCGCUGGACGGGUAAGGAUGAUUUCCAGGAAUGGACAAACAAUCUUAUCAAUCAGACAGUGUUGAAGACGGAUCAGCGGGCCAUUGAUCAGUCAGAGUUCUUGGAUGCUAUCCUAGCUAAUGAUGCCGCCCUACUCCAACAAAGCGUUCCCUUCGAAAGCACGACUGAUGGAAAAGUUGCACCUCCACCUUCUGUUGCCAAUUCCCUUGUUGCAACAGAGCCUAGUGAAUCUCGCUCCGGCGGGCAUGCCGUAAGUCAGAGAUCCAACAGGGCAGAGCAGGAGCCGCGAGCCGCUUCUCAACCAUCGCGAGCACAAUGCGCGUCACAGGCGGCGAGCGGGCCUGUUGUGGAAGCGGCUCCCACACAGUCCGCUGCUCGAAAUGUGUCACAAGCAAGUAGCAAGGCCGAGACUGUCCCUCAUCCGUUCUCAGGACCUCGCUUUACGCAGAAGAGCGGUUUCAGAAAUUUCGAUGACGAAUUUGAUCCUGACGCUAUCAUUGACUAUGAGGGUGAUGAAAAUGAAGACGACGAUGAAUCGAGUCCGGAAACCCAAAUGAAGAGCCAGACACACCAGUCGAAAAUCAAGGACGAACCACAGUCCGUUACGAAGAAACGUCGCCGUUCUUCCAUUUCAGAAGACGAGAAUGCGUUUGCCGAUGAACUUGACGACCUCAUCCCUGCUGCGGCUGCUUUCAAGCGACAAAAGCUUGGGGAAGGCCAGUCCACCGGGCAGAAUGGAAGCAUUGCAGCACAGACACGUAAGACCCAGGCUAGAAAGGGAAAGAAGGAAAAAGAUAUCGAUGUUCGAGAAGUGGUCAAAGCACAACGAGAAGAAAAGGAGAAAGCUGCGCUGAAAGAACAGGAACAGCUUGAGGCAUUGAAUGAGGUCGAGGACAAGUCGCCUGCCAAUUUGGUCACGGUUGUUACGAUGGACAUUCCGCACAGAGAGCGAUGCAAGAACAUCAACAGACCCAAUGGCACUCAUGGACCAGAAUGGGACCCUAGCUGGAAUGGCCGGAAAAACUUCAAGGGCUUUCGGCACAAGGGCGAGGCGCCGCAGCGUAGAGGACACGCCAACAAAGUCAUCGUUCCACUCGUCCAGGUCCAAACGCAAACCCAUGGCCUGGGUGAGCAGUACUGGCCGAAAGAUGCCGAAGAAAAAGACCGCGAGAGAGAACGAAAGAGGAAGGACGAAGCCAGAAGCCAGAGGACUCAAAGCCAGACACAACGCUCAAGCGGAAGAUCCAGAGUCCGGGUUCUCUCUGACGAAGAAGAAGAUGAUCCUGUUGGCGUCGAACCUCGUGACGAUGCGGCAGAACAAGCUAGUCCGGCCACGAGCCGGCUUCAACGUGAAGCGGCGGAGAUACUCGAUCAUGAAGUCAAUCUUGAUACACCAAGGAGGACCCGAGCCAAUGACAAGAGCCAAGCCACGAGUUCUCGGGGAAGUGGAGGUGAAGCAACCCAACGCUCGCAAACGCAAACGGCAAAGACGCAGUCCUCGUCGAAGAGAGCAGCGACCUCGGGUGCGAGUACUCGGGAGACGAAGCGGCAGAAGACACUGCCUGUCACCGUUGUGCGUGGGACUGAUGAUGGGGACGAAGAUAGCGAUGACAUGAAAUUUCGGUUUGGAGCACGGAAGGGAAGGGCAGGCGCAAGAGGCAAAGGCUAAGGCUAAGGUGAGCCAAGGCACUGGGACAUCGGCACUCCGGCCGCAAGAGAGCAAGUGUAGUAAUAAAGACUCUUGUGCUCUCUAACUCUUUCAUUGGGCGAGAAAGUUGCACAAGGCUGAACCCCCUGAAACGAUCCUUUCAUAUCAGCGAUUCAGCCUUCCACCAUGACUGGACGGCAAAGGAAAACGUCUCGAUGGUCGAGUUCCGACUUUGGUAGAGAUCUUGGCGUAGCCAAUCAUCGAAAGU